AUGUACUCGGAGGACCAAGAAUCGCACGGCCUAUUAACCUUGCAUUAUGGCAAACACCAUGCUACCAUAGUUGACGAAAUUAAAACUUGCUUUGCUUCAGAGAAUUACGCCGACAUGACAUUCGUAUGUGACGACAAAACAACACUGAGUGCUCACAAGUUGAUAAUGGCGUCCGCAAGUCCUCUAGUUCGCCGCAUACUCGGAGAGAGUGCCCAUGCUCAUGGACCUAGCGUUGUCCUCAUCCCUGGAAUUAAGAGUAACCACCUGCGCCACCUUCUAGAUUUCCUCUACAAUGGACAAGCUUGCAUCAAGUCGAGUGAACUGGAUAGUAUUCAAGAGCUAUUUGAGUUACUCCAGAUCAAAUCGGAUAUAUGGCAGUCUUCUGGCUCUGAAGAGGCCAAAACUCAGUCCGAAGAUGACAGCAGCUGGACUGCUCAAGACAAUGAAAACUCCAAUCCAGUCACAGUGAAAAAAGAAACCGACGACGACGAGAAAGAAGAGGGAGAAAUUAAAGAUGAUGACGAUGAUACCACAAACGAUAACAACUUGGAAGAACAAAAUGAUGGAUCUCCGAACCCAGUGAACUUGUCAUUGAACACGAAGAAUUUAAAUAAUGAUGAAAAAUCGGAAGAUUACGAGAAUAGUUCUGAUAAGUCGGAUCAGAAGAACUCAGAUGUGCUAAAAAUUGGCCAGUCAACCGUCAAGAUAGCUUCCAAGGUUCAUGAACUUUCUCAGUUUCACCAGAAUCGAAUGAAACGUAAAAGUGUGUACAUAGAACCAAUCGACCUCAAACAUCAAGACGAACUAUCUCAGCUGAAGCCCCCCAUAGCCGAUCAAAAGUUGAUCUCGCUAGUUCAUAGCCCAGACAAUUACGUAGUUACUCCGCACAGAAAAAGAAGACCAGGCUUUUACAACGCUCCAGCACAAAACACCGCGUUUGUUCCUUUUUCUCCUUCGUACAUUGAUGAUGCAACACAUCAUCACCUUAGAUAUAAGAAUCUUCCUCCGUUAUUGGCAGCUCACCAUCCGCUUUCCCUUUCUGCGCCUCCAUACUUAGUAGACCGAACACAUACACCAACGCCAGGCCAGCAUCCAGACACUUCCGGACCAGCAGAUAACGUUGUAGUUAAGUACAGACCACCUAGUGCAGAUCAGGGAUUGGCUGCGGAUUCUUACCAAGCAUUUGAGCACACAUGGGGCGCUUGGUCCCUGUGCCAAACCCAAGUCAAUGCUCCUUCAGGAAAUGAAGACUCUAGAGAACCUCCUCCUUCGUUUUCCACCAGCAGCAAUGACGACGCAGCUGAAAGUUCUUCUCAUGCAACGGGUAGUAAACAAUCGUUACCAGCAGUUCAAGUUCGGGAGUAUCGGUGUGAAUAUUGUGGUAAACAGUUCGGAAUGUCAUGGAAUCUCAAGACUCAUCUACGUGUGCAUACUGGGGAAAAACCUUUCGCGUGUAGAUUGUGCGUGGCGAUGUUUAAACAAAAAGCACAUUUAUUAAAACACUUGUGUUCUGUGCAUAGGAAUGUUAUAUCGUCGAAUGACGGCAAUUCCGGGCGAUUUAACUGUUGUUUCUGUCCAUUAUCGUUCGAAUCUCUACCAGAAUUAAUAAGACAUUUAUCGGGACCCCAUAAUAACUUGCUGCUAAGCAAAAACAUGCAUGAACUCAAGUAG